AUGGCUACGACAGUGAUUGUUGGAAGCGGCAUAAUUGGCAUCGCGACGGCUUACUACCUCUCUGAACAUCAACCUGGUUGGUCGAUUCACGUCGUCGACGCUUCUACGGAGCUGUUUGCCUCGGCGUCGGGUUAUGCCGGCGGCUUCGUCGCUAGAGACUGGUUCCCGCCAGAACUUGCGUCCCUGGGCGCUCUCAGCUUUGAGGAGCAUGAGAGACUCGCGAAGAAGUACGAUGGGCACGAGAAGUGGGCGUAUGCCAAGUCGGUGACGGUGAAUUAUGAGCCUCCGAGGAGGAAGGCUAAUGGACCUGGAGGUGAAGAUUGGUUACGUGAGGGGGGUAGCCGGGUAGAUUUGGUGGCGGAGAAGAGGGAGGUUGAGGAUGGGAAUAGUCCGCCUUGGUUGAGGCGUGUCAAGGGUGAUGCUGUUAGUGUGGUUGACAAUGCUGAGGGGACGGCUGUUCUCGAUCCCCUCAGACUCUGUCAGUUCCUCCUAGACAGGUGUCGAGCUGCUGGUGUCCGAUUUCACCAUCCCGCAAUAGUCCUCAACGUUGGGCCUGACUGCCACGAUGAACUUUCACAUGUCCGUAUCGGCUUCACCGACUGCUCCUCCGAGACCGAGAUCCCGGCCACAAGGGUUUUGGUCUGCGCCGGUUGCUGGACGCCCGAUGUUUUAGAGUCUAUGUUUCCAGGCUCUGCUAUCGAUAUACCGGUGUUGAGUCUUGCGGGUCAUUCACUGGUUGUGCGGAAUCCCGGGGACGUGGGUGAUGUAUAUCACUCGCUGUAUUGUAGCUUGGAUGACUUCUCCCCAGAGAUAUAUGCUCGACCGAACGGCGAUAUCUGGCUAGGAGGUGUCAACUCGGCUAUCCCGCUACCACUAUUAGCUACGGCUGCAAAGCCAAUGCGAGGGCCUCUGGAGAAGUUGAAAGCUACAGCGAGACAACUGAUCAAGUCGGAGAGUGAGCUGGAGGUUGUUCGAACUGGGCUGUGCUUCCGGCCUGUGACGCAGAGGGGCACGCCGUACGUUACGCGGGUGGAAGAUGUAGAUCUAAGACAAGGGUACAGGACGAGAAAGGGAGCAGAUGGAGGCGUGUUUGUUGCUGCGGGACAUGGGCCUUGGGGGAUUAGUCUGUCGCUUGGGACGGGCAAGGUCAUGGCGGAGAUGAUGCAGGGGAGGGAGCUGAGUGCAGAUAUAAGUGGUUUGGGAUAUCUGCCGUGA